CCCCUAGCGCCCUCCGUCGAUUCAGGGAGCGCUCAAUAUUUGCGGGCAAUGGCGGACAACGAAAUUUAUGAGGUUGAAUGUGCUGUAGACAGACGAGUCAAUGAUACUACACUGGAAUAUCUAAUACGUUGGAAAGGUUUUAAUGAAAACUGGGAUACAUGGGAACCUCUGGAUAACCUUCUGGAUUGUCUCCAUCUUCUCAAAGACUUUGAAGAGAAAAAUGAUGGAAAAGCACAGAAAUCUACAAAACAGAAAGAUGAAGCUCAUGAUUUCGCAAUGGAGCUCAUCAACAAGAGCAUUUAUCAUAAGAAAUCAGAAGCAAAAUCAAAAACAUCUCCAAAACAAAUUAGUAAACAGUCUCCAAAAUCAACGAAAUCUCCUAAGUCUCCAGAGAAAGGUAAAAAUGUAUGUAUUUCAAAGGACAGAAAGUCAAACCAGUCUCCCAAUAAACAAACUGUAAACAAAGUGUCAUUGAAAAGAAAAGCUGACGAUACAGAUUCAAGCCCGGGACAACCCACUACAAAAAAGAAGAAGCUUUCAAUAGAAGGGAAAGCUUCAUCAUCAGAAUCCGUGAAGAAGGUUAACUUCAAGAAUGGGAAAGCAAUUACUCCAGGAAUGGGACAGACAAAAUCUGUCAAAGGGAAGGGAAAUUCACCUGAAUCACCAAAGAAAAAGACUUUGAAAAAGACAAAACUACUCUCUUCAAAAAUAGAGAGCAAUGAUCAAGAAAAGAAAAAAUCCACAGGUUCUAAGAAAGACUCAGAGAAGAAAACAACCAAGAGACCAAAUAUUGCUCUUUCCAAAACAGAUAAAAAAGAAACGAAAAAGCAAAAAAUGGUUAGCUCAGUGAAAGGGAUAAGCAAGUCUAUAGGUACAAAAGAACAUUCUUCAAAAGCAGCUAAAAAAGUGCUAAGUAAAAGUAAGAAAAUUGCUCAGGACAGAGUGAAGAAUAAAAAUACUGUCAAGAAGCUUAAAGAAAAAGGAUCUCCUAAAUCUCAAAAAAUGGAAAACAUGAAAAAGAAAGAUACUAAACCUGUCGGCAAAGAAGAAUCUCAAGGUUUGAAGAAAACACCAAGUUUAAUUAAGACUAAAGCUUUUGAUUCAAAACAGUCAAAGUCAAAUAAAAACUUUUCAUUGAAAGUAAAAUUAAAAGCAUUGAACUUGGGUCCAGAUGGAAAAUCUCAGAUUUUAAAGAAGAAGGAAGCAAAGAAGCCUAACAAUAAAGGGACUGGUACAAGAGAGUUUGAAGAACAUCUUAACAAAAUAAGAGCAAUUAAAAAACGUCAGAAAAACUUGAAAGAUCAUGUGAACAAUGUUGAAGUUAUAGAUAUGGAUUCUGAUGAUAAGUCUGAUUCUUCAGGAGAUGAAGGUUGUAGAUCUCUUAAAACAUUGCAUCCCAAAUCCAUAGAAAAUUCAGGCAAAGUUGCUGCUAAUAAAUUUGUGCCCAGUAACAGCAAUGUUGGUAGCAUCAGUGUGAAGGCCAUUGCAGGGAAUUCUAGGGUUCAAGGUUCUAAGGAAAGUUCCCUUGUGACACCUUGUGGUCAACGCACUCUACAAGUCAAAAUCAGCCCUCUUGGGGUACAUCAGGAAGUCCCAGCAAGGAAGAAGCUUCACUUGAUAGACAGUAUAAAGUCUAAGAAAGUGAUGUUGCCAUUAGCGAGGCCUGUGUCACCCACUCCUCUGUUCACUACAGUUAAACCUAUGAGCAAAGCGAGUGUUAUAAAGAUGCCAUCUACAGCCACAACUUCUUCAGCCGCUAUGGAGUCACUCUGUGGAGAUGUACCGGCGUACCAAUAUUUCCCUGCAGUGAUACCUGUUAGUCCAUCAUCAAUGUCAUACCGUAUGUUCCUUGACAAUCUCCCCCAGCAGCUGAAACAAAAGGGAGGUAAGCGUGUUGAGAAUGGUGACUCGCCUCCAGAGGAGAUGGAAAGGAGGAUCAGCGUACGACAAAGUGAAUGUGCAUUUCGCUACAAGGAUAUUGUAGUUAAGAAAUGUUCUAAAUACACACAGAUCUGGAUGAACACUCACACCAAGAUGAAGAAUGCUCUUAAUCCACAGGUCAUACAGGAGAUAUGCUCUGCACUUAACUCUGCCAAGUAUGAUGACAGUAACUUGGUCAUGUUUAGUGGGCUUGGCAAUGUCUUCUGUCAGGGUCUUGACCUUCACUACCUUGUCAGGGGAGACAAGCGUGUUGCUUCACGUCAGAUGGUUGAUGCUCUGAGAGAUUUCACCAAGUCCCUGAUAACAUUUCCAAAGCCGAUUGUUGCCGUGGUAACUGGACCAGCGGUUGGUCUCGGUAUGACCAUGUUGCCUCUCUGUGAUGUGGUAUAUGCCAGUGAUAAGGCCACAUUCCAUUUGCCUUAUGCUCAUCUCGCACAAACACCUGAAGGAGGUGCCACCUUCUCGCUUCCAUCAGCCAUAGGCAUGGCAAUGGCAAAUGAGUUGCUGAUCGCAGGACGUAAAAUCACCGCUAUUGAAGCGUGCCAACUAGGUUUGGUUUCCCAGGUAUUUUGGCCAACCACUAUCAUGCAGGAGGUCAUUCCACGGAUUCAAAACAUGGCAAGCAUGUCGGGCAAGGCCCUUGAGACAACAAAGCUUCUGAUCCGGAGUCAUCAGCGAACAAAAUUAGAACUGACAAAUGAGUCCGAGAGUAACCUCCUCCUUGAGAGAUGGCCAUCAUUUGAAACACAGAAGGCCAUUGAGAGUUACCUCAGCAAUGAGAAGAAUUUCAUAAGUACAUGAUGACAAAGUGUCAUAGAGUGCAAAAAAUGGACUAUUGUUAUGAUAAUUGUAAUUAAUUGAAUUGUUUUCUUGUUUUUUAGAUUAAUAAGAAGGUUAUGAUUCUGUGAAUGGUACAUAUACUCAAAAUAUAUCAAUUCGAAAACUUUUUGGUUGAAAAAUGAAAUACUAUACUGUGCUCUAGGAAGUUUUUUUUUGUGGAGCAAUUGAUUUAUUCCUAAACAUUGGAAAUUUCUUAGUGACAGGUAUCUAUAAAAUAUAUUGUUUAGAAGGUGUCUGAAGAGGAAGUGUAGCACUCAUAAAAAGACAAUUACUAGAUAAACUACUGACUUAUUUCAGGGAAACUUAUACCUCAGUACUUGUACUAGCAGCUGAAUUUACACAGAAAUUUAUUUACAUGAUUAUAUAAAUAUUUGUGUGCAGCAGAAAUCAUCUCUACAUUGGAUUAUUAACAUUGUUAAUAGAAAUAUUUAUACUGUAGUGUAUUUUUUCAGAAUUUUAUAAAUACUUCUGUUGAUUUUAUCUUAUCUGCUGUAACUGCUUUAAAAACAGUUUAGAUUCUGUAGAUUAUUAUAAUUCAGUUUUUCCAUAUAUUAAUCUCAGGUUAUUUCCCUGUUUUUAUAGUUGAAUUAAUGGUUAAGCUAGACUGUGUUUUAGUGAAAUUUUAUUGAAUUGUGUGAAAUCAGAAGACUAAAACCAGGGCAACUAAAGCAGGUUAAUUUGGCCUGUUGAUUGUUCUUAAUGACAAGUCUGACAAAUUUUGAUAUGAUAUUUUGUAAUAUCUAGUGUUACAAAAAAGUUUUAAUGAUUUAGUUAUCGUCUAGCUGUUCAUUUUUGGGGUGAUGACAUUUUUGCUAUUUCGAGGGUCAUUGGUGUGGCUGUGAAAAUUUGAUCCAUAACAUAGUAAGAAAAAGGGUAAACUGUAUCCGCAAAAUCAACUGCACAUAUUGAACAGUUUGUUAUUUGCCAUAAGGAGCAACAUUUGGGAAAAUUUGAUAUGUUAUAGCCAGAUUGCAAAGUUUUAAAAUUUAAUUGUUUGUUUUUUUUUAAUAAAAAUAGCCUUUUAAUAACUUUUUUUAUCUAAGAAAAUAACCAGCUAUAUGGUAUUGAUACAUAUAAACUGUGCAAAGUCUUUCUGCAAAAAAAAUAUUAUGUGAUUUACUAUUGAUACACUGCGGCUGUUUCAAAAUUUAUCCAUGUGAGAGGGGUUGGAGAGAUGGGAGGUAUUUUUUAGAGUGCUUCCCACCCAUCCAGUUAUUCUUGAUUAACCCUUAGUAUUGCAGCCACAAGGGCUUGACAUGUUGCUAUGAUCCAGAAUAAAAAAAUAUCCUCAGAGUCCCAUCCGAUAGGUCACUUUGAUUUUCGACGUAAUUAUUAUUGUUUUUAUUUUGGAUCGUAUGAAUGUGUUGAGCCCCUGUGAUUGUAGCCAUGAUGCAAAGUGUAUUGAUGCUUUAAUGCACUCACAGUAGUAUACUACAGUACUGUGAAUUUUUACAAUGAAUUCCAAUCUCUACUGUCUCAUACUUUUUAGCUCCCCUGCCCAAAGGGCAAGUGAUCUUAUGCUGUGGUGUGGCAUCCUUCGUCUGUCCGUUCGGCAUCUAAUUUUUCCUUUGAACAACCUCUUCUCAAUAACCAUGAGGCACAGAGACCUAAUAUUGGUCCUGCAGUAUGCUUGUGUGAAGGGAUAUCAAGUUUGUUCAAUUGAAUGACAUUGACCCACAUUCAAGGUCACAGGGGUCAUAUAGGCUAAAAUCUUGAAAUGACUCCUCAACCAAUAACAAGAAGUUAAGCCACUUCGAUUUCGGCAUAUAUAUAAAGCAUGCUUGGAUGAAGGGCUACUAAGCUUGUUCUUAUGAAUGACCUUCACUUACACUUAAAUCUUUAUACAAUCAUUUCUCGAUAGCUAGGAGACUCUUGAUACCUGCUUUUAGGCCAAGUAUGCUUGAAUGAGGGACGAGAGAAAAUUUAUUGACAUGAAUAAACCUAGCCUACUCUGAUCAGGUGAGCGAUACAGGCCACUAGGGCCUCUUAUUAAUUCUAAAGGGAAGAUAUAGGUUUCUGAUGGUAUAAAAAUAAAAUAAAAAACUUAUUUUAAAUCCCCUGAUUUUUAAAGUCAGACAAAUUUUAUAUGUAUUGUAAAUGUUUGAUUUUAUAUGAUAAAGUGUAUGAGGAAAAAAAAAAUCUGUAUAUAACAAUUUAUAUUGAUUCAAAUAUUUUACGAUGUCGUUUAAAAUAUUGAAAAAAACAGUUCAAAAUAAUUCAAAACAUUGAAAUGGAAUAUUUGAAAAAUAAUUACAUUUGAAUGAUAGAAUAUUUAACAAAUGAUUUUAAACAUUGAAAUGUAUAUUCCAACUUAAUCUUCAUGAAAGUUCAGAAAGACAUCUUGUUGAAAUAAGAUGUUUUCAUUGAAAAUCUGUUUCACUCUUUUUGAAAAUUAUAAAUCACACAUAGUCUGUUAUCAUGCAAUAGAUAUGUCACCAAUUGUAAAGGCAAAGUCUGGAAAUGGAUGUUAAUAGAAUAUUCAAAAUAAUUUGUUUUACAUAUAAAGUAUAGAAAAAAACUUUGAUGUAAAAUUUUUGAUAUGAUCUUGUAAUCCCCAGAGCACUUGAGAGCUUAUUAAUAAUGAAAAUUUUGAGCAUUGUUGAGCUUAUAUCAAGUGAUGGGGUUAAUGUCAAAGAAUAUGAGUAAAUGUAGAUUUUCAACAGGUAGAAAGUAUUGAGUAUAUUGGUUUGUGCAAUAGGAUCAUUAAUGCAUUUCAUUAAAAAAACAGUCAGUAUCUGCAGCAUAUACAUUAUACAUGUUAUUUAUUGUUACAAUCAUUUGUUGGAUGUCAAUAUAUUUAAGUACUGACUGAUGUCCAGUAAAAGCUACCAAAUCUUGAGGACAGUGAUUUCUUUGCUGUUGUCUUUAUACUGGAUGAAUCAUAAUAAUAGUACUCGGCAAAGGUGUAUUUAUAUCCAUGAAAAUUGACAUCAAAAUGCAUAGUCAGUGUUUGCGUUUAUGCUAUUCCUGUAGCCUUUGUGAAGCAUACAAAUAAAAUAGAACGCAAGCGUUUUCAGGGAUUCCAUUCAAACAUUUAUUUUGAAGUGAUUUAAUUUCUAAGGGACUCCAUUUUAUCAAAAAAGGCCUUAUUUAUAAGUUACUAGUUCAAAUUCUUGACCAUAUCAUAAUAGUAUAAGGAAUCACUAUAAUAUUGGAUGUGUAGACAAACUAAAUAUUAUGGAAUUAGCUAUUGUUUGAUAUUUUGCGUUCCCCUUUUCAAGAUAAUAGGUGAUUUUGGUCAGAAUCCAUUGUUGAAACCUUUUUAUCUUUGCAUUUUUCUUCAUUAUAUAAUAUGGUAUUUAAGUAUUCACAUUUAGAAUUAAUUUAUUUAACAAAAAGCAAAUCAAAUUUGCAUUGCAAAGUUGUUGAGUCAAGACGGCAGUGUAGUAAUGAAACCAAAUGAUGUGUUCUUGUCUUACAAUGCUGAAAUGAUAUACAGUAGAAAGUAUAUAUAUACAUGGAGAUUAAGAGACAAUUUGUAGAAUAAAAGUUUUACUGAUGCAAAUAUAUAUUCCUUCCAAGAUCAUAAACAUUUUCUCAUUAGUAUGAAGACAUCAAUGAUUAUUUAAUGAAAUCAGUAUAAUUGCUAUACUACAGAUCCAUUUUAAUUGAGUGUUUGAUAAAAGAAUAAUACAGAUUUUAGAAUGUGUUCAAUAACAUGUGCAUCAUGCCAUUUGGAUUUCAUAAAAUACAUUGUCAUUAAUUUGUAGAUUAUUUAAUGUUUCAUGUAGACUAUUUAUUUUUCGCUUUCAAAAGCAAACCGAUUAUGAUCCAAUCAAUUGUGUUAUUUAUUUUGAAGCACUUUCUUAUAUAGCAUUAUUUCAAAUAUUGUAAACAUACUUAUUUUUAGGAGUAAGGUAUUUUAGAAUUUAAAUGCUCAGCUAGCUACAUAUAGUGGUAGAAAUCACUAUCAUAAGAUUAUCAACUUAAAAAAAUAUUAAAACAUGGUUAUCAAAUUAAAAAGCAUCAUGCACAUAACUUAAAAUGGUCUCCAGCAUAAGGAAAUUUAAAUACUGUAAAUCACUUAUAAUUCGUGUGGGAUUCAUUUUCAGUUUAAUGCACGAGGAGUCAAAUGUGAAUUCAAAUCCUUCACGAACUUUUGUAGGAAAUAAGACCUUUGUAUGGUUACAGAUGCACAAGUGUAAAAGAUUCCAUGAAACUAUUGACUCGUCAUUCACAAAUUUUAAGUAAUUCCUAGAUAUGCAUUCGCGAAUAUAACUGAGAGGUAGGUUGCUAAAUAAAGUUUUCGCGAAAUCUGAGUGAUUUAUAGUAUACUAAAUGUAAGUGUGUUUACAGUAAAUUAAAAUAUAACAACUUAAGCCAUACAAAACAAUGAUUUUGUAAGGGUCAUUGACUUCAAUGUUGGCUUUUUUUACUGAGAUUAUAUUUAUUUACCAAGUCCCAUUUCAGAUUUAAGAUGGUAAUUUCUCGUGUCUCCAGCUUCUGGCAUGGAAUUUGUUUUCACUGAAAUUUGUGUAAAAUGAUUCUUAGGGCAGCCAUUUUGUAUGUAUUUCAUUUAAAGCUCAUAUGCAUUGAAGUUGACAAUUUAAUCAUACAUUACCAUUAACCUACCACAAUUCAGGGACGUGUAAACUUUACCGCAUGUCUUCUACUCAAAUAUCGUUUAGUUUACAAGUUGUCUGAAAUAUGAACACAUUAGCUAACUGAGUAAGGCGGAUCACACUGUCAGGUAACCAAAUAUAGCGGUGUCUGGGUAUAUUUUGUUAUACCUGUAGAUUGUAUAGAUAGUAGCCUGCUCUGUGUAGUCGAACUUUCCCACUAACAUGACAGCUUAUUACAUGAGAAACCAAUAAAGGGCUUAUUACAUGAGAAACCAAUAAAGGGCUUAUUACAUGAGAAACCAAUAAAGGAAGGUUGGAUGUACAGGUAUCACUUAUCAGUGAUAAUGUAGCUAGUUUGACUGUGGUUCCAGGAUCUCGGUGCAAACAUAAAAAUCAAUACUUAGUAUAUAUAGUUACUCCGAUAUUUCCAUUCCUCAGGAGCCUUAAGAAUGAUUUCCCAAGUCUGCCAUUCUGACUUGAGAAUUAUGUAUUAUAAUUUUUGUGAUCAACAAACACCUUUUGGCUUAGGACAUGCUAUCGGCUGAUCAUAAUUUAGAAUGAUAAUUAAAAUGUUUAUUCCUCUAUGUCGGAGUUGCUGGCAUUUAUUUGCCGUGUAAAUGAUGAACAAUUUUUCACCAGUUUAUUUAUUGAUCAUAUCCAAACACAGGCUAGCAUACCAUUUUAAUGUUGUGUCUUAAAAAUGGUAGUGUUCUAAACAUUUCAUAUAAAUGAUUUUUAACAGAACAUAUUGUUGCUCUCAAUGUACAGUUACCGUGUUGAUAUUUUAUCUGUACGCAGUUAAAACUUGUUUUACAUUUUGUUUUAAAGAAAAAACAGACCUUCAGUUGCAGAAAGCCGAUAUUUCUGGAACAAUUUAAACAGAUUUAGAGUUGUUGUUUUUUCUUCUUAAAUAUAUGAAGUUUGUACCUGUUUGUAAAAAUGUACAGUGUUUUAUAUGUAAAUAUAACAUCAGACAACAGAUACAUUGUGCAUGCUUUUAAAGAUUAUUGCUUAAAGUGAAGAUGUGCGGAACAAUCUGAAAUCUAACGUAAAUCACUUUAGCAGUAUCUCAUUUGUUUCACAAGAUGUUUUAUUUUUCAUAGAUUCGGGAGUAAAGAUCACGAUUUGGAACAUGCCUUAAUAAUUUAACAUUGCUGGUUAUCUUCGCGAGUUUUUUGCAGAUUUUACAAAGUAUGUAGUUUAAUAAAUACUUAAAAAAUAAAGAAGAAAAAAAAGGAUUACAUGAAAAUUUAGUGAUUUACACCAACUUAUCGGUUAUCUCCUUUAAAUACAGCAGUCACUCUGGUUUUUGUUCACUUUACACAGGGACAAAGUAAUACAGGAGAUAUUCGAAAACAGGAUCUCAACGGAAAUAAAAAAAUAUAUAGCUGUAGCUA